GCCGUAACGUCAUUUCCAGGCGACCGCAGAAUAUAGCUUCGCGCGCGCCAAGCCGUUGAGGGGCUAUUUUUUUUUUACUUUUCUGAAAACAAACGUUUCCCAAAACUGCGAGAAGUCUUUGUUCGUGAUGGACAUCAGGCGGUUCUUUGCACCGACAUUAGCCAAGCCUGCGGUGCAGAAACCAGCCCCAAAUGGAAACAUCAAGCCAGAUGAGAAGAAGAAGAAGAAGAAGAAUCCUCUGUCUUCAGAUGAAGAGGUGAAAAAGAAAAAGAAAGAGACCACAAAGGUCAAAAGCUCAAAAACAGAGGAGCAAAGUAAAGAGAGUGAGAAAAAACGAAAGAAACAUGCAGUCAUAGUAUCAGACUCAGACGAUGAGGAGCCUGUGAGGAAGUCAAAGAAAUCCCCCAAAGACAAACUGAAGACCAGCAAGGCAGAGCCGCCUCCUAUAAAAGAUCCUGUGCAGUAUGUCUCUGAAACAGACUCAGACAGCGACAACUUUCAGUCACUGAAGACGGUCUCCAAAUCCAAGCAGAACGGCACGGCCAAGAGGACGAAGCCAGAGGCCGAGAGCGCUCGUCCAGGAGCCAAAGAGGGAAUAAAGUCUCCUGCCAAAUCGUCCUUCACGCAGGGAAAAACUCCUCCUGCGCCUGUCACCCCUAAGUCAGCCCCACCUCCUCAGCCCAAACAGACCCCCACCUCAGUGCUCGACUACUUUGGCAGUGGGACUAUUCAACGCUCAGACAAGAAGCUGGUAGCCAGCACCAAACGAAAGGCUCCAACCCAAGACAUAGACGACCUGAUAAGUGACGAGGAAAUUGCCAGACAGCUGCAGAUGGAAGAGGACAUGGAGCUGGAAAAACAGGUCCAUGAGGACGAGGAGUUUGCCCGAACACUGGCCAUGCUGGACGAAGAGCCACAGGCAAAGAAGGCUCGUAAAGGAUCUGAUGAAAAACAAGGCCGAACCGCAACUCCCAAAAAGAGCAGUGCAGACUGUGCUGCUGCCAGCACCAGCAGCCUGCCCAAGGCCAGUCGAAGCGUGUCAGAGGAUGUGAUCAGUCCGUCUCCCAAGAAGAACACAACCCCCGUCAAAAGCAGCUCCAAACUGGCCACGAUGAAGAAAAAGGACGAGGUGAAGGACAAAGGAACAACUAGCAAAACCCCCACUUCGGCUAUAAAAAUGGAAUUCUCUCCCAAAAAGGAGCCCAUUCCUUCGUCGAUAUCGGAGAAGAAGUUCACACCCAAAGCAGGAACGACACCCACCGCUCUUAAAACGUCUCCCAAGAAACCUGAAAGCACAAAUACGAGUCCCGAUGAUGCAGAGAAGAAGAAGCUCAACACUUCAGCUUACAGAAACUACCUCAACAGAGAUGGACCACGAGCUCUGGGCUCCAAGGAGGUUCCACAGGGAGCAGAAAACUGUUUGGAGGGCUGUGUGUUUGUGCUGACGGGCGUCAUGGAGUCAAUGGAGAGAGACGACGCUAAAGCUCUCAUUGAGCGUUACGGAGGAAAAGUGACGGGCAACGUCAGCAAGAAAACCACCUACCUGGUGCAGGGCAGAGACAGCGGAGUGUCCAAGCUCGAGAAGGCGGAGAGUUUUGGCACCAAGAUCUUGGAUGAAGAUGGUCUGUUGGAGCUGAUCAGAACCAAACCAGGAAAGAAGUCAAAGUACGAGAUCGCUGCAGAAGCUGAGAGCAAAACCUCAAAGAGCAAGACUCCCCCCAGCCAGACUUCAAAGAGCACCCCCAAAGCCCAGAAGAUCUCUCCCUCCAAGGGCAACUCCAGGUCCCCUCAAACCCCGAGCCCCUCAAAGACCGGCCUGGCACAAGGUCACGGUGCCAGGAGUCGAGACAGCAGCACCACACCUGGAAGAGGCUCCGGUCACACGGCCCGGAGGGAGCUGGGCCUUUCCUCCUCUUCUGCUUCUUCCUCAACGACAGGAGAGGGCGGCAGUCUGCUGUGGGUGGAUAAGUACCGUCCACGCUCUCUGAAGGCUGUGAUCGGCCAGCAGGGGGAUCAGAGCUGCGCCAACAAGCUGCUUCGCUGGCUGCAGAACUGGCACAGGCACCACGGCGGGGCGGCAGAAAAGCCAGCAGUGGCACGGUUUACGAAAUUUGGAGGAGGGAAAGAUGACGGAUCAGGACACAAAGCUGCUCUGCUGUCUGGACCUCCAGGAGUGGGGAAGACCACCACAGCUGCACUGGUCUGUGAGGAGUUGGGAUUCAGCUACGUGGAGAUGAACGCCAGCUGUACUCGCAGCAAAAACAGCCUGAAGCAAGUUGUUGCAGAGGCACUGAACAAUACCAGCAUUGAGAACUUCUACAAAGGCACGUCUCAGACAGUGAGCAGUAAACACGUCCUGAUCAUGGAUGAGAUCGAUGGCAUGGCGGGUAACGAGGACCGUGGAGGAAUCCAGGAGAUGAUUGGCCUGAUCAGAAGUUCAAAGAUUCCCAUAAUCUGCAUGUGCAACGACCGAAACCACCAGAAGAUCAGGUCAUUGGCAAACUACUGCUUCGAUCUGCGCGUCCAGAGGCCGCGGGUGGAACAGAUCAAGGCAGCCAUGAUGUCCAUUGCUUUCAAGGAGGGAAUCAAGAUCCCGCCUCCAGCUCUGAAUGAAAUUAUUUUGGCCUCCAAUCAGGAUGUCCGUCAGGUGAUCCACAACCUCAGCAUGUGGUCGGCCAAAGACAAGGUGAUGACGUACGACCAGUGCAAGUCCGAUGCAGCCAGCGCCCGCAAGGACAUGAAGCUGGGGCCGUUUGACGUGUGCAGGAAGGUGUUCAGCUCCGGGGACGAGACGGCCCGCAUGAGCCUCAUCGACAAGUCCGACCUCUUUUUCCACGACUACUCACUGGCCCCGCUUUUCGUCCAGGAGAACUACCCACAUGUUCGACCAGCUGCUGCCGGUGGUGAUAUGAAGGCCCACCUGGUGUUGCUCAGUAAGACAGCAGACUCCAUCUGUGACGGCGAUCUGGUGGACAGACGGAUCCGCUCAGGGCAAAACUGGUCACUGCUGCCCACGCAGGCUAUCUAUGCCAGUGUGCUACCAGGCGAGCUCAUGAGAGGCUACAUGGCUCAGUUCCCAGUCUUCCCCAGCUGGCUCGGCAAAAACUCCUCCACCAGUAAACACUCCCGCAUCGUACAGGAGCUGGCCUCACACAUGAGCUUAAAGACGUUGAGCAGCAGGCAGGCGGUGAACCUGGACUACCUGCACUACCUGCGACAGGCGCUUCUAAGUCCACUACAGAAACACGGAGUGGAGGGAGCCAGUCAGGCUGUGCAGCUGCUGGACGAUUACCAGCUCAUCAAGGAGGAUGUGGACAGCAUCAUGGAGAUCAGCGUCUGGGACAAGCAGCCCGAUCCUUACUCCAAACUGGACUCCAAGGUGAAGGCAGCUUUCACGCGGACGUACAACAAAGAGGUUCACUUGACGCCGUACUCGCUGCAAGCUGUGAAGAAAGGCCGUCGAGGUGGCGGAGGGGAGUCAGAGUUAGGAGGAGAGGACAUGAGCCAAGACGUCCAAGAAUCUGAGGAAGAAGGCGAAGGCCUCAAAACUGACGCUAUGAUCAAACAAAAGAAGGCCAAAACCACAAAGGAGUCAAAUAAGGAGAAGAAGGAAGAUUCUGGGAAGGGGAAAGGAAAGGGCAAGGGGAAAGGCAAAGCGAAGAAAUGAUCCAUUACCCGAUGAGGAAAAUAAACUGUUAUUAUUCUCUCUGCACUUAUAUCAGAAAGUAGUGAAACCGGUCUUAAUCUCAGCAGGUAACUCAUCUAAACACUCGACUGAUUCAGAGGCAUCUUUCUUGUUUUUUUAAUUAGCCUUCUGUCACGUGUUCACACUGACCAAAUGAUGCAUAUUAUCAGAUAGUUGUGCCUGCCAUCAUGUCUGUCCACUGUAGUACGACGUCUCAUCAGGAGUACCGUUCAUUCAGUUUGUGGUCCACAUGUUAAAGGUGUAAAUAAUGUCUCUGACGUAGAAGAAUGAUAACUUAGCAACAAUACAGAAAUGCCUUUUGCUUUCGCUCUACGAUUAGCACAGAUUAUCGUUUCCUGUAAAUUGCAAUUUUGUAAAACGUUUCAUGAGAAUUAAUAGAGAAAUACUUUGCUCAUG